UUCUGCAUUUAUGGGGACAUGAAUCUAAGUUCCGGGGGCCCGAUGCCUGUGAUGGAGGAAGUAGAUAUCAGCGGCAGUGAGAGCAACAGCAUGCCGAAGAGGAUUGCUCUCAUCUGCUUCCUUUCUCUUGUGAUGCUCAUGAGUGUCCUGGGGAACCUCCUGGUCAUGACAGCUGUCUGCAAGGACCGCCAGCUCAGGAAAAUCAAGACCAACUACUUCAUAGUAUCGCUCGCCUUUGCAGACCUGAUGGUGUCGGUGCUGGUGAUGCCGUUUGGUGCCAUAGAACUGAUUCACCAGAACUGGAUUUAUGGAGAAACCUUCUGCCUGGUCCGGACAUCUCUAGAUGUACUGUUGACAACGGCCUCCAUAUUACACCUAUGUUGCAUAGCUUUGGACAGGUACUAUGCCAUCUGCUGCCAGCCACUGGUCUACAGGAAUAAGAUGACACCACUGAGAGUGGCUCUUAUGUUAGGAGGAUGCUGGGUAAUCCCCACCUUUAUAUCCUUCCUACCCAUAAUGCUAGGAUGGAACAGUAUCGGAAUAGACCAUUUGAUAGAGGAACGGAAGUUCAGCGGUGAUGCAGCCAACUCGACGGCAUGUGUCUUCAUGGUCAACAAGCCCUACGCUCUGACGUGUUCCGUGGUGGCCUUCUACAUCCCUCUGGUUCUGAUGGUACUGGCCUACCAGCGUAUCUAUGUGACUGCACGGGCGCACGCACGACAAAUCGGCGUGCUGCAGCGGGCAGGGGGCGCUGCCGCCUCGGCAGACAGCGCCGACCACCAGCGCAACCACCGCAUGCGUACGGAGACGAAGGCGGCCAAGACUCUGUGCAUCAUCAUGGGCUGUUUCUGCCUGUGCUGGGCCCCCUUCUUCAUCACAAACGUGGUGGACCCCUUCAUAAGCUAUACAGUGCCCGACCAGCUGUGGGCAGCGUUCCUGUGGCUGGGCUACAUUAACUCCAUGCUCAAUCCCAUUCUCUAUGCCUUCUUGAACAAGUCCUUCCGCCGUGCCUUCCUCAUCAUCCUCUGCUGUGGGAGAAAGCGUUACAGCGUCAGGCGGCCAUCCAUACUAGGGCCAGGGCCCCCCUGCUCGGCCACACAGAUCAACGGCUCCACACAUGUGCUCAAGUAAUUGGGUCGUUCCACCAAUUCGAUGCCUUUUGAGAAGUGUAACUUGGAAUGGCUGCUCCUCUGCCUCCAAACUCCUGCUCUGGUUCUGCAACACUAGGCCUGUUCCUGUCUAAUGCUGCUUGACAACCUCUCAAGUAUGCUGCCCUGCACAACGGGAACCAUAUUGAAAAGGAAAAGCAGUCGUUGCAAAAAGAGGACACGGAGUCGCCGGAGUCCUGCUUCUGACAACCACAGACAGUCAGACAGGCACUACCCUGUGCAAUCUGAGACAGGGACUGGGCCAGAACCAGCCCUAGAGGGAGUCAUUCUAAGGCAGCCUCUCCCACUGAGAGACCGCCAAACCAACAACAUGUUUGGACUGAAUUCUUAGUAGCGGGAUCGAUUAUGGACUGUGGAAUACUUUAAGGUGAAUAAUGUUGCCAAAGCUAUUUGAUAUUAACUUUGUUUUAAGAUAUGUUGUUUCGUAUUUCCUUUGCUUAGAAAAGGAAGAAAAACACUCAUUCUUUCUGAUCCACUAUAGCUAGCUCUGUUAGUUAGCGGAUGUUCCAGUAAUGCUUAGUGUUAUCUGUCACCAAUAUAAACAUUUCAAUAAGCUUUAUUGAUCUAAGGAGGUGCAAUUUCACACAGGCACAGAGGGAUCAUAACCCCUUCAUUUAGAAUGAAGUAUUAACUUGAAAAUGUUCUCAUUUUAUUCAACUUCAGGUCUCUUAUCUCUCUCUGUCAUAGGUGCCCUAUACUCAAUCACUAUCAGCCUAGAUCCCAUAACUUUCCUAUGAUGCUUUGCAUAAUCUUCAAAAGCCGAAAGUGAUAAAGUAUUUUAGCACACCCAUGGUAUAGUAUGGUAUGUGAUGAAACAAUUCAGCCCCUGAAGUGCAUUAUUAGCUACUACACUUCAAAAUCAUCCCUUCUCUCUCAUGACUCCUCUCUCAGAUGUCGACAAAGAUGGACCAUGCAAUAAGAUGGACGUGUUUUUAAAGAUUAUGGUUGCUGAAGCAAUUUAAUCUUGGUCAAAGUAUUUUGCCUCCUACUGAUGCGUGUUGUCUACUACAGUAUGUGGGUACAUGCUUGAGAUCAUGUCCUAUACUUCAUGAAGGGCCCCUCUCAACACCACGUGUUCAGUCUAGUCCACAGCAACAUCCCAUUUCUUAUGCAUUACGAACAGUAGUCCGAAAACAUUUGCUAGAGUGUACUACAAUUUUCCGGCAUUUUGUAUUCAUGAACAAUCCAAGGUAUCUCUUGAAAUGUAUAUUUACCUGCACCUGAAAUGUGAACAUUGACUUUCUUUUCCUGUGCCAUUCCAAAGCAAACCAUUCCACUUGCUGAAUCCUUCAGUAGGCUACCAAUGAUGACUAGCUCGUUUAAAAGGCAAUCGCCACCAAAGCCAGCAUUUCAUUUUCAAUGAGUCCCCAAAUAGAGGCUCAAUGGUUCAGAUAAUAACAUUCUGUCCAAAACACUGGGAAUAUUUCCUUUCAGAAAACAAUGCAAAGAGAUCAUACAUAGUCAUAUACAGCAGGAGGUAAAGAAUACCAACUGCAUUUUCCCCAUACAUUCAUCUGUUAAACACACAUUCAAGCGACGUCUCCCAGCAACUUAAACAAAAUGACCCUGUUGGUUGAACUUCCUGAUGAAAUGUCCAAUCUUAAAGGGGCAGUGCAGUCAAAACAUUAUUUACCAUUUUUUUUGUAUGAUAUUUCCAGACUAUCAGGCCGAAAAUUAUGAAAAUGCCCUUUAAGUGUAAGCUUUUAGAAGAAAAACCAGCAGACACUAUGCCCUCCAUGGAAUGAGUUUGACACCCCUACCCUAGAGUCUAGACCAGAGUUUAACAACUCUCUCCUCAGAUGUUUCACAGUUGAGUUUUAACCCUAAACUACCACAUCUGAUUCAAUUAGGCAAAGGCGUGAGGAUUAGUUGACUAAUUGAAUCAGGUGUGCCAGUUUAGAGUUAAAACAAAAAUGUGAGAGGGUUGGGAAACCCUGGUCUAGAUGAUCCAAUCAGAUGUGUCAGUACAUCCACACGAUCAGUCUGAGCAUUUCAAUGGCAAAAGAAGGCUCAGGGAAAUAAAUGAUAGACAAAUAUAUUUUGAUUUACUACCAUGAAAAACACUCAGUGAUUUAUUAGACACUGAGUGAUGAUUUUAAAAAAUCAAAUGAAAAAGACUGCAUGAGGCUUUAAUAGAAAGCCCAGCAGAUGAUCCUGUUUUUAUAAUGUACAUGUUGAUACAUAAAUAUCAGAAUUACCAUUUAAGUUGUCUCUGAGUGGGGUGUUUGGGGCAAGGUUGAGUGUGUUACGCAGUGUCCAGUAGCAUUAAGCCAUAAGUCAUUACAUCCAUCCUGUCUUCCUCCUUACAACACCAAAAUGUCAGUCACUCCCUCCUUCCCUCCUGUCCUUGGACUCAAUCUUUCCCAUGAAGAUUUUUGAAGUGGAUUUAACAAGUGACAUCAAUAAGGGAUCAUCGCUUUCACCUGGUCAGUCUGUCAUGGAAAGAGCAGGUGUCAAUAAUGUUUUGUACACCCAGUGUAGGCAGAACCUUUACAGUGCUAUACCCUUCUGGAAAAGAUUUUAAACCAAUGUUUGUUUUUUUCAUGCUCCUCAAAAAAAGCUAUUUAUCUCAGACUGUGACCUCUUCAUAAUUGAAGCACUAGCACUUUAGUAAUAUAUAGAUAAGGAUGUAAAAAAGUAUUUUCAUCAGUUGAUCGUCCACGACCAAUUUUAUAAACAAAGGUAUUUUGAUCACUUAAAUUAUUUACUCUCCUUUUCAUUCAUCCUGAAGAUUUUAUUUAGUAUUGUAUUUUUGAUGAUACAUUCAGAAAAGUCUGUAGUGUAUUAUUUUGGAUACAAAGGUAAAUGCCACAUGUACAAUCCAUGAAGACCCAUUCUAAUUCUAUAAUAAUCAAAAUAGUCUCAAAUCGUUCCCUUUGUGAGUGGGACUUUACUUGCUUACAGUGCAAACAAUGCAACAUAAUGUUUGUCCGUGAACAAUCGUAACAUUUAAUUUGUAUAUCUUUCUUUGUUUGUGUUUCCUUUUUCAGGAAUUUAAUUCAGCCAAUUAAGAAGAUGAUAUAUGCAUUGUACUUCCAGCAUAAUUAAGGCGUAUAUUUCUGGGAUUUUAAAGUGUACAUAGAUGAAUAUUCUUCAGCAAAAAAGUGGGAUAUGAGUCUGUCUCUUCAGUGAGCUUGAACAAAGCAAUUAUAAUGGGUUUAUAUUCUUCAUUCCAGUAGCUCUGCUGGCCUAUCCUUCCAGCACAGUAUAAUGAUAAAGCCUGAACAUGUAAGCCACCAUAUACUACAGUACACAUAUGUGUAUGCAUAGUCACAUACAGCUGUGUUUUAUGUUCAUAAACCUUGUACAUCACAACAUUUUAUUGCUAGUUUUCAAUUGACGUGGCCAGCAUAAGAAUUUCACCCAGACUCCAAAGGAGGGGGUUACCCUUCAUGUUUUGUUUGUGAUAAUAGAUGUGCUGCGUAUAUAAUCCCCUGGGCCCGGCAGUUUCCAUGACACCUGGAAUACACAUCUCUGUGAUCAACAUGUAUGGCACAUUAUGGUGGUUGAAAGUCCAGAAUUAGAACACAACCUGUGGAGAUUUAAGAGGAAAACCACCUGCGGUAAUAACAUAACUUUCAUCAUUUACUUUAGUUACACCCCUGAGGUAGAUUUGAAAGGAGAACCGUCCACUACCUAAUUUUAUACUGUAUAGUCAGAUACCAGUUACACAAUAUGCAGCCUAAUUAUUUAUCAGACGUUUUAAAAACAGACGUGAUACUAGGAAUGGUACAGUAAUACAUUGUACUUUCCCUGUGAAUAGUCCUGUAGGACCUCCUUUAGUCCUUGUUGAAUUACAUACACGUAGAGUUGGGACAAUCAACCAAAAAUGAUCGACACCGACCAAAACGAUCACUUAGCGCAGGCAUUUCGUCCAUUAGGAUAAGUAGCCUAUACUAGAGAAAUGUGAAGUUUGAAAUGAGUUUGCUAAUAUGGGUGAUUGUUAAUGGAACAGUUGAUGGCUACAACCAUCAAACUAGUAGUACUAGUUUAAAGCAGGGAUCCCCAACCUUUUCUAGCAUGAGAGCUACGUUUAAAAAAACAAAUGUAUUAUGUCACCAGUUUUCCUCUCACCUGCAGCUCUUCCCUGGCUCCUUAGUGUACAAGAGAAAGUAGUUCCUUAUGUUUUUUUUGUCAAUAUACCUGGUAAAAAAAUGGUUUAUAAACUACUCGAAGCGGUGCCCUUAAAAAUCUGAGUUUUUUUCUCACAAAAAUUCUGUUUUAGAUUUUCCUAAAUUACAUUGCUUUAUUUUUCACUUUGAAAAUUCCUAUUGUUUAUAGAGAAACAACAUUGGAUGUUCUGAGUUUAAAUCACAUAAGACUUUUUUUUUUAGGUGUGGAAAUUUAGAAAUUUAGAUUUUUGAUUGUAAUUCCUCUUUAAUUGCGCAUCUAGCGAAUGAGGAAUGUGCCGGUCUAAAAAUGGUUCUGCACUGCUGCUUCUCAAUUCAUGACAAAGUAUAUCAUACAAAUUACAGUAUAUACUUACUUAUGAUAUACUUCUGCCUGGUAAGCCAGCUUUGCGGUUAACAUUUAAUUGAGAAUGUUUUAUAUAUAGCAUACUUGUAUAUAGCAUACUUCAGAAUUGUUUGAAGAGCUACUCAAAGUUGGGCUUCUCGUGAUCGACCUGUUGGAGACUCCUGGUUUAAAAAAGAUGUGGUAAAGUUUAAGGUAAUGUCAUAAACGUAUCAUUCUAUUUAACAUUAUCGCACAAAUUCUGGCAAUUUAUCAUGAUCUGGAUUUAUUCUCCAUAUCGCCCAGCUCUACAUGCAUGUACGUAAAGGUUAAGGCGAUGAUUAAUUAAAUGCUUCACCUGUUCAUUAGUGAUCAAAACCACAGGCAUCUGCCCCCGUGGUGUGUUCUGCAUGUUGAGAACAUCUGAGAGAGGCUGAACUCUGAGUUGGGCCUUAUCCACAAAGCGUCUCAGAGAAGGAGUGCUGAGCUAGGAUCUGUCUAUACAAUCUUAUUCGCUAUGAACUAAAAUGCUAAAAUGAUCUUAGAUCGGCACUCCUACCCGGAGAUGGAUACGGACCCAGUUGUCUAGAGACAGAGGCAAGGGACGGCAUCUGGCGUAGAGCCACAAUGUAAUAUACAGAUCAAGUCAAUUGUAACCUACAUAACUCAUCUGGGGAGAUAUUGGACAAUGAGGAAGAAUAAAAUGAAAUAUGCCGUUUCAACAAACCAAAGUUUGUUGCAGCAAAUGUCAUACCUCCAAACAUACACAAAUGUUGCUACUUUUACAACUCAACACAGUAUUGUGUUUUUAAAAGUUUGUUCAGAUAUAACCAAUGUCUGAGAAAGAGUUGUAUCUCAAAGCCAUACAUUCCCUUUAGGUUUGGAUGCUUUGGCGCAAUCGUUUUUCAGUUUCAGUUAGUCCCCAACAUGUCGUCACCAUGCCUUCACCCUAGGAACCUCCUCCAACCUUCCCCUCUCACUCUUUGGGUGCCACCUCUGAAGGCAGUGGAAGCUCACAGCAUGAAUGUGUUGUACAGUAAAUCUCCCAACAGUGUUGUUGAAGAAUAAACUUUUGUAUUAAAA